CUAACUGACUCUGCAGUUAGCACAUCCAAGAAACCCGACCCUCAACCCGAUUCCGAUCCGAUUAGGGUUUUCGGAUCCUCUCGCUUCUCUCGGGCACCUCCGGUUCCGAUAUCCUGUCUUGGCUCGAGAUCCGAGCCAAGAACGGGACAAUUCAAUAAAGAUUUCCAUUUUUAUCACUCUCUUCAGGUUCAUAUUUUUUUCUUCUUCUCUCUUUCUUUUUGGUUCUCUUUUCCUGUCUGUGUUUUAAUUUCGAGAAUGAAGGACAAUGUAAUAGUGAUGUUACGAAGUAGAGCAGAACAGUGCACGCGCGUGCUACUGUUGAGUGAUGCAGAGCAUGCUUGGAAAAUCAAGUAAAUAAUGUUUGUAGUUGAGUUUGGUUGGCUUUCUUUUUCUUUUCUUUUUUUAAUUCAAAUUUUGGGCUUAAAUGGCAUCAAGCGAGGGUUUUCUGACCGAUGGACAGAGGGAAAUUCUGAAGCAAGCGAGUCAGAAUGUGGAGAAUUUGUCUUCGUCGCCGAAAUCUCCAUCCACCUUGCUUGCUGAACAUCAUCAUCAUCAUCAUGUGGGAGGUCCUUCUGGGGGUAGUAAGGCACAAACUGCCGGGCAUGCUGUUAGGCAUGUACGCCGAUCGCACUCGGGAAAGUUUGUGCGGGUGAAGAAGGAUGGUGCGGGUGGUAAGGGAACUUGGGGAAAAUUGCUUGAUACAGAUGGUGAAUCCCGUAUAGACAGAAAUGAUCCAAACUAUGACAGUGGCGAGGAACCUUAUCAACUGGUUGGAUCUACCAUUACUGACCCUUUAGAUGAAUUCAAGAAAGCCAUGGUGUCCAUCAUAGAGGAAUAUUUCAGUACUGGGGAUGUGGACUUGGCUGCAUCUGAAAUCAGAGAACUUGGGUCAAAUGAAUAUCAUUCGUAUGUCAUUAAGCGUCUAGUGUCCAUGGCCAUGGAUAGGCAUGAUAGAGAGAAAGAAAUGGCUUCGGUCCUGCUUUCAGCUUUGUAUGCUGAUGUCAUCAGCUCUGCACAAAUGAGGGAUGGGUUUUUCAUGCUUAUUGAAUCUGCUGAUGACCUUGCAGUGGACAUACUGGAUGCAGUUGACAUUCUUGCUCUAUUUCUGGCACGUGCUGUUGUUGAUGACAUCCUUCCUCCAGCAUUUCUUGCCAGGGCCAAGAAGGCUCUCCCAGAAUCUUCCAAGGGAGUUCAAGUAAUCCAUAUUGCUGAGAAAAGUUAUCUCUCAGCUCCGCACCAUGCAGAACUUGUGGAGAGGCGAUGGGGUGGUAGCACUCACAUCACUGUUGAAGAUGUGAAGAAGAGGAUUGCUGAUUUACUAAGAGAAUACGUGGAUAGUGGUGACAUAUUUGAAGCCUCUAGGUGCAUACGUGAAUUGGGAGUUUCGUUCUUCCAUCAUGAGGUUGUGAAGAGGGCUUUGGUACUUGCCAUGGAGAUCCGUUCGGCAGAACCUCAAAUGUUGAAGCUAUUAAAAGAAACAGCAGAAGAAGGACUCAUUAGUUCCAGCCAAAUGGUGAAAGGGUUUUCUCGUUUAGAAGAAGUCCUAGAUGAUCUUGCCCUUGAUAUUCCAUCAGCCAAAACCUUGUUUCAGUCAUUGGUACCCAAGGCAAUAUCAGAAGGAUGGCUUGAUGCUUCUUUUUUUAAACCCUCUGGUGAAGAUGGGGAUAUUCUAGUUGAAGAUGAAAAGGUGAGGAAGUACAAAAAAGAGGUUGUAAUUAUCAUUCAUGAAUAUUUUCUCUCAGAUGACAUUCCUGAACUCAUUCGAAGUCUUGAAGAUCUUGGUGCACCUGAGUACAACCCAGUAUUUUUGAAGAAGCUAAUAACUCUUGCUAUGGACAGAAAGAACAGGGAAAAGGAAAUGGCAUCCGUACUGCUAUCUGCUCUUCAUAUAGAAAUCUUCUCAACUCAAGAUAUAGUUAAUGGUUUUGUCAUGCUUCUGGAAAGUGCAGAAGAUACAGCACUGGAUAUAUUGGAUGCUUCGAAUGAGCUUGCUCUUUUUGUAUCCAGAGCUGUGAUUGAUGACGUAUUGGCUCCUCUGAAUUUAGAGGAAAUUGGUAGGAGGUUGCCCCCAAAAUGCAGUGGGAGUGAAACUGUGUGGAUGGCUCGGUCACUCAUUGUUGCUCGUCAUGCCGGUGAGAGGCUAUUGAGAUGUUGGGGUGGUGGGACUGGAUGGGCUGUUGAAGAUGCUAAGGACAAGAUUAUGAGGCUCUUGGAGGAGUAUGAGAGUGGAGGUGUUGUGAGUGAAGCAUGCCGGUGUAUUCGUGACCUAGGAAUGCCUUUCUUUAAUCAUGAGGUUGUGAAGAAAGCUCUGGUUAUGGCCAUGGAGAAGAAGAAUGAUAGGAUGUUGGAUCUGCUGCAGGAAUGCUUUAGUGAGGGUCUGAUCACCAUCAAUCAGAUGACCAAAGGGUUCACCCGAAUCAAGGAUGGCCUUGAUGAUCUUGCUCUGGACAUUCCAAAUGCCAAGGAAAAAUUCAGCUUCUAUUUGGAGCAUGCCCUGAGGAAGGACUGGCUCCUCCCAUCAUUGGAUUCCACUGUCACAGAUGUCUAACUGCCCCAGGCUGGAGCUUCUUGAGGACAUAUAUUUUCAUUGUUUCCCUUGUAUAUGUUGUUUUCCUUUAGCUCCUGCUGAAUGUGGAUAUGUAUGGGAUGGUUGGACUUCUGGUGACCCUUUGAAUAUGUUUUUCUUUUCCUCAUUUUUUUCUUUUCUUUCAGAAUUAUAUUGCCGACGAAGAUUCCUGGGAAUCUCUGUAGGGUUGUGUAAAGUUGGCCGUAUAUUUUGUUGGCAGCUUUUUAGAACGAUAUAGCAUCAAGAGUUAUGAGAGGAAUCGUAUCUUAAUAUACUAUAAAAGAGAGUUGAUAGAUAGUGGGAUUAUAAAGGUGGCAACAUAUGAUGUAAAUAGUUUCCCUCCAAAAAUCCAUCCUCUUUCAUUAACCAAUCACGUAAUUUUAUUUUCAUUUU